CACUCACUCCGCCAACUCAACGGAAAGGGAAAGGAAGAGAAUCAAAAUAAAAAAAAAAAAUUCAUGAGACCGAACAGCUCAUCACGCGGUUGCCCUACUCUUAGUCUCUCUCUCUCUCUCUACAGUUCUCUCUCAUUCAGGGCUGAACCAUUGAUUAGAUCUUCGUUCAGACAGGAGGAAGAUCAAGAUGUCCUUCUGAUCCAACACUUGCUCCGUCCCUAUUCUCUCUCAAAAUCUCGAAAAUGGAGCGGAAAAAUCGACGUGGGAUGUCCCCAUCGUCUGCCACUCUCUUGGUGCUCUUCAGUUUGGCCUGCCUCUCUGUUUCAGCUUCUGCUUCCACUUUCAUUUCAGGAGAUGUAUUUGGGGAUCAAGUUUCGAUGGGUCGGAACCUACUUCAAGCCAAGAAAGCUUGCCCUGUUAACUUUGAGUUUUUGAACUAUACAAUCAUCACUAGCAAGUGUAAGGGCCCCCGGUACCCAGCCGAUAUGUGUUGUGCAGCUCUUGCAGAAUUUGCUUGCCCUUACGCGGAUGAGUUGAACGACUUAAGUAAUGACUGCGCCUCAACCAUGUUCAGCUACAUCAACCUCUACGGUAAAUACCCACCUGGCCUUUUCGCGAAUGAGUGCAAGGGCGACAAAAAGGGGCUUCCGUGCCCCGCAAGCUCACCAGCAGAAUCACCAAAUGCCGAUGGGAUUCACUUCAUAAGCCCCGCAAGCUCACCAGCAGAAUCACAAAAUGCCGAUGGGAGUCACUUCAUGAGCCCCUCAAGCUCACCAGCAGAAUCACUAAAUGCCGAUGGGAGUCACUUCAUGAGCCCCGCAAGCUCACCAGCAGAAUCACCAAAUGCCGGUGGGAGUCACUUCAUACGUAGUCCUCCCCCACUGCUAGUUCUCACAACAGGCCUUCUGUUGCUAUUAUUGCAACUAUUCUGAAGACUUCUACCUUAUUUUCUGCACGAAUUUAAUGUGUUUUUCAUUAACCUCAGCCAAAAUCACGGUUUCCAGAUAGGUUUGAGGAAUGCUUUCUUGUCAGCACCACAUCUGCUAGGUUUUACAUUCUUUAACUGUAACGAAAGAUAAGCGUUUGUAUCUGUUUGUGCAUCAUGUUACAUGGUCAGAUGAUUUUAACUGCAAAAUGAAUCUCUUUGGCUUCUCUAA